CAAGGACGUUGACAAGGUUUUGAGACAAUGCUGGGUGCAUUUGUGGAGAGCUGUAGCUCUCCCCGGCUUAUUCACAUCGCAAUCGAACAGGGGGCCGCGUUGAGGAAGUUGCUGAGAUGACGUCGCCGCUGUCUUCUCGUAUGAGUCUGGACAGCUUCCGGUCGCCCGCAGACAAGAAGAGCUACCGUCUCAUCACUCUGUCCAAUGGACUGGAGGUUCUGCUCGUCCAGAGCGAUGCUAGUCCAGUCAAUCGAUCAACAUUCGACUGUAAUGACGAUGGCAAUGAUCUGGACAGUCUCAGCUCGACGGAUGACACGGGCUUUGACGAAGAAGGAGACGAGAUCAACGAUCGAGCUCCAACAUUGGCCGCAGCGUGUCUGACAGUAGAUGUGGGCAGUCUGGCCGAUCCGGAAGACUUGCCAGGUCUAGCACACUAUUUUGAGCACAUGAUCUUCAUGGGUAGUGAGAAGUAUCCAGCUGAGGACGCAUUUGAAAGCUUUUUAAGUGCACACGGAGGGUCCAGCAACGGAGCGACAGAGUGCGAGUCUACGAGGUUCGUGUUUGAUGUGGAUGCUGCUUACUUGGCACCAGCACUUGAUAUUUUCGCGAAUCUUUUUGUGGCCCCGAUAUUACGACGUGAAGCGAUGGAACGCGAGCUGAAAGCAGUUGAGUCCGAGUUUCAGCGGAUGAGGAACAAUAAUUCUGUCCGUUUGCAGCAAGUUAUGUGCGAGACAAGUGUUCCAGAGCACCCAUACUCGCGCUGCUUUACGUGGGGCAAUGUGGAAAGUUUGAAACACAAUCCAGAACGCGAUGGAAUCAACGUUCGUGAACAAAUGCUUCAGUUAUUCAAUAAGUUCUACGUGGCUCCAGCAAUGAAGCUAUGUGUGUAUGGGUGUGAAUCACUAGAUGUAUUGGAACAAUACGUGACUCAGAGCUUCAGUGAUAUUCCAGCCUAUCGGGGCAGCUACGAUAAACCUAGGUCUGAGACCCUGACGGUGCCUUACGGUGGUGGAGCAGGUCAGAAGCCCACGGUCUUACACGUCAUUCCAGUAGGAGAGAAGUGCUCGAUUCGCUUGUAUUGGAUGCUUCCACCAAUGAUGAAGAACUACCGGCAGAAGCCUUGGUUAUAUGUGGGUCACUUGUUGGGCCACGAAAGCCCAGAGUCUAUUGCUUCAUUGCUUAAACAAAGACAGUGGGCUACCGACAUCAUUGCCGGCACCUCUGAUCGAGAUGGCUACGAGUUUGGGUCGUUUGGUACGGUUUUUGAGGUCCGGAUAUCUCUCACCGAACAAGGUCUGGCGUGCUGGGAACAGGUUGUUCAAGUCAUUUUUGAUGCUCUUCAUAUCUUUUCAUCUCUAGCAGCAGCCGGCGAUUUACCUGCUUGUGUGUUUGAAGAACUCCACUCGUCUAGCGAGAUGGACUUUCGAUUCCAAGAAGAUGACAUCGCACCCGUGACUUUAUGCCGUGAGCUCAGUGAAAGGAUGCUGCCUCGCCACAAUAUUCAACAGCAUUGCGAGGGAGAUUUAUUGCGCUAUGAUCUCAUACAGGGUGGAUUCGACAUUUCAUCUGUAUACUCGCUACUAUCCGGGCUUUCGGCUAACAAUGUCCGUGCCGUCUUAGUGGCGUCUUCAUUUGCCGACACUCUCAACCCAAAUGAUCUCCAGACUGAGCGAUGGUUUGGUACCAAGUACACUGUAAAUUCAAUUCCUGAAUCAGUGAUUGCAGCUUGGUCGCAGCUUUCGAAUGAAUCGAUCGAACUGUCGGUCUUGCCAACACCGAAUCCAUUCAUGCCUCGAAACUUCUCAGUAUUGCCGUUGGAACCGGUUAUUCAAGUUGAUAAUGACACUCCUCCGGACCUCAUCCUCACAACGUCAACUACACAGCUCUGGUACAAACGCGAUCGCAAAUUUUUGGUGCCCAAAGCGAGUGUCAGCUUCCUCGUGACGCUACCAGAACCAACAGCAGCGAUUCAUAUGCUCGCAGAGUUGCAUGUCGAGUUGGUUAGACGCCGUUUGCAGCACACGUUAGAGCAAGCUGAGACUGCAAGUUUUACUACCGAGUUGGACGUAAGGGACGAAGCUAUUGAGGUGGUGAUCUCCGGAUUCAGUGACAUGUUGCCGUCGCUGGUUGUUGUCAUUAUGCGAGAGGUUUUGCGUCCGUCCACGACAUUUGAUAUUGAAUCGGAAUUAACGUUAGCGCGAGGUGAACUCGAACGUGAGUACCGCAAUGCUACAUUAUCUCCAAGAGCAAAAGCUUACGAGUUACGCUUGCAGAUGCUAGAGAGCAGAGCUGUCACUACGGACGACAAGUUGGAAGCACUUCAAAGCAAAUAUGGACAUGAGAGUGACCUUGCAGCUGAUCUCGCACACUUAACGGUCUCCGUUCUCGGAUGCAGUAAAGAUACACCGGUGAUACGCUGCAUGGUGAUCGGCAACAUGAGUCGGGAAGCUGCUGUUUCACUCGUUCUGGACGUUGAAGCUGUCAAAACUGGAGAUUCUUCCUUGCUACCCUGUGAACCAGAACCAGAGCUUGAACCAGAGCCCCCGAUAUUGGCUCCAAGAUGCCACACGAUAGCUCUACCACCGACAACCAAUGGUCUACUAGUACGUCGUGAUAGUGAACGCAUUGGAGAGCGGAAUUCCGUGGUCGAAGUGUAUUUCCAGAUCGGCAAAGUCGGACCGACAGAUCGAGCGUACGCUAUAUUAUUGCGCUCUCUACUGGCCCAGCCACUCUUCCACGAAUUGCGAACCAAGCAGCAACUGGGGUAUACUGUGACUUGCAGUAUUCGAGACACACACGGUGUACUCGGACUGAAUCUGAGCGUACAGUCAGCCUCGCAUGCUGCCGGUGCCGUGGCCAAGAAGCUCGAUGUCUUUUUACAUGAAGAAUUCCCACACGAUUAUCUGCUCUCCGAUGAACGCCUUUCGCCCAAACGCUUUGCAGCCUACGUCCAAACUCUGCAGCGAGCUUAUGCUCGACCUGACGCAACGUUGACUGAGCAAAGUGAACGAUACUGGGAAGAGAUCGUAAGUGGACGUCUGGAGUUUGACUUGGAUGCGCGAGUAGCGACUGCUCUUGGUGACUGUACGCGUCAAGGUCUACUCGAAAGGUACCAAUGCUGGAUACAAGGAAGCACUAGCUGCUGCAACACGUGCACUCAAUCUCGUGAUGGGAACCGUCAAGCUCAGCACAGGAGCAGCAAAAGUCAUGGGACACGGAAACUCCGAGUGCACGUUGUGGGCCAAUGCAGUCCAUUGAAGCCACUCGAGCAGCUCGUACCUCCUGGCAAAACUCCAUUCAUCAUAACAGGAGACUUGCACGAUUUUAAGCGCGAGCUGCGGUGCUACUGCCACUUGACGAGUGACUAAAUUGAGAAAUCUAUUGACUAGAGAGAACGGAUAUCUACAUUUCCACUGUAUCCAACCUUGUCAUCCUUUGCCUUGCCCAUCGUUUGUUGUUUGGAACUCGAGCAACUCGGACGCUGUCACAAAGUUGUGUACGGAUGGCCGAUGUGAGGCGGUGGCGCUUACACGUCGUAAACGCGGUGAAGGGGGAUUACUACCAGCAGUUGGUCCAUCAUCGCUCGUCUUUAAUGCACGAAGAAGGAGGUUUCGUGUGGAACUCCGAGUCCUCGACAUCUCCUUCAAUGCAUCGGACACUACUAGACGCUUCUCAAGGUUCAUUAUUCGACUUUCGAGGCUUUCAGAGUGUGCGUGCAUACGAGCUUUCAUGACUUCCACUUCUCCUGAUACUCGAGAUACUUGCUCCAGGAGACUUUGAAGUGUCAACUCCAGCAUUACGGCCCAAGGCGGAACAUUUUCGGACGAUGAGGUAGCGGCUUGGGUAGAACUAGAGCCAACGUUAGGUGCCUCGUUGGCUGUAGAAUUACUGGGUAUUUCUUGUGAGGUUGGUGCCUCCUGUCGAGGCUGAUAUGAUUGUUGUUGAGGCUGUCGAAGUGACCACUGCAGUUGGUUCGGUUGUUGCUGUAGCUGUUGUAAAAGUGUAAUUGAACUGCUGGUGCUUGGUAAUGAUACUGAACCACCUCCCCCGCUUAAUGGCGGUGAUGACUCCGGG